GCCCUGAGGUGAGGUGGGUCGGAUGGCCGGCUGGAGGAAGGGACUUGAAUCAGGCCCUGAGGUGAUCUCAUGUCAUUUUCCCUCAAGAGUGUCUGAACUGCCACCCUGCCAGCAAUGGCACACAUCACAGUGAAUCAGUAUUUACAACAGGUUUUGGAGUUCGUCGACAGCAGAGAUGGCGAAUCCUGUGCAGAGUUUUUAUCAUUUAAGCAUCCUCACAUUGCAAAUCGUAGGUUACAGUUAGCAAAUCCGGAGGAGAGAUGCCAGCAGAUCCUGGAACCUCCUUAUGAUGAAAUGGUGGCAGCUCAUUUAAGGUGUGCUUUUGCCGUUGCAAAUCAUGAUUUUGUAGAAGCAUAUAAAUACCAAACAUUUGUAGUACAAUCAUUCCUGAAGGCCUUCCAAGGUCACAAAGAGGAGAACUGGGCUUUACCAAUUAUGUAUGCAGUGGCUCUGGACCUGCGGAUCUUUGCAAAUAAUGCUGACCAACAGUUAGGCAAGAAAGGAAAGGGCAAGAUGGGAGAACUGGAGAAAGCUGCGGAACUACUGAUGAGCUGUUUCCGGGUCUGUGCCAGUGACAACCGUGCUGGAAUCGAUGACUCUAAGAAAUGGGGAAUGCUGUUUCUUGUCAAUCAGCUGUUCAAGAUAUACUUUAAGAUCAAUAAGCUCCAUUUGUGUAAGCCCUUAAUCCGAGCAAUUGAUAGCUCCAGCUUAAAGGAUGAGUACAGUAUGGCACAAAGGGUGACAUACAAGUACUAUGUUGGGAGGAAAGCCAUGUUCGACAGUGAUUUUAAGCAAGCUGAAGAAUAUCUGUCAUUUGCAUUUCGGCAUUGCCAUAGGAGCACCCAGAAAAAUAAGCGGAUGAUUUUGAUUUACUUGUUACCUGUGAAGAUGCUUCUUGGUCACAUGCCAACUGUGCAGCUGCUGCGUAAAUAUGACCUCCUGCAGUUUUCUGAUGUGACCAAGGCAGUUGGUGAAGGGAACCUUCUGCUCCUAAAUGAAGCUUUGACAAAACACGAGGCUUUCUUCAUUCGCUGUGGAAUCUUUCUAAUACUUGAGAAACUGAAGAUAAUCACAUACAGAAACCUUUUCAAGAAAGUGUAUUUAUUACUCCGAACACAUCAACUGCCACUUGAUGCUUUCCUGGUUGCUCUGAGAUUCAUGCAAGUGGACGAUGUUGAUAUCGAUGAAGUCCAGUGUAUUUUAGCAAACCUCAUCUACAUGGGACACAUUAAGGGUUACAUCUCUCACCAGCAUCAGAAGCUUGUGGUCAGUAAGCAGAACCCUUUCCCGUCUCUGUCCUCUGUGUGUUAACCAACUGAGGCCAGACAUUCUUGUAUUCUCUUUCCCAGCAAUUCUUGGACGUGUGUGGUGGCUAAUGGUCUCAUUACCAACAGUCUUCUGUAAAGCUGAGGGUGAUGCCACUUGUAUGGCUCAGUGAGGAUUCACAGGCAAUGUUUGUUGUAUAUCCCGAGACAUUGGCUUGAAGUAAUUCUGUAUGUCUCAUUAAGGAUGCAAGUAUAAUGCAAUGUAUAUUUUGUUACCAUGUUAUGUGAUACAGAUAUUGUAAUAAAUUUUUUUAAGUAAA